GAUGUGUAAUUAAUGCAGGGUUAAUGUUUUUUCCAUUAAACGAUAUUAUUUCUUACUUUCUUAAUUUUUAUGAUAGAAAGAUUAUUUUAUUAUUUUGAAAAAUAAUGGAUAAUAUCUUUGGAAAGGAAGAUUCUGGAGAUGAAAGUGAGCAUAAUGAUAUCGAAGACAAAAAUGACAAAGAAAGUUCUAUACAAAUUUCAGGACCAAAAGAUAUUGAAGUUAUGGAGACUGACAACGCACAGAUUAAGGUAGAAUCAGAUGCAAUGAGCUCCCAGUCGGAUAUGGAAGAGAAUGAAAAUAUAGCAUCAAAUUCUAUGUGUCCAAUUACAGAGGUUCGGGUAAAUCAAGAUCAAACGGUAAAGUCUAAAUCCAAUGCCCAAAUCAAAAGAGAAGAAGAACAGACUGCAGAAGAUAUAUUUGGUAAUGAUAUCAUAUUACCUCGUGCAAAGCCAAUCAGUGCGAAAGAAAGGAGAGAAAGUAAAGAAAAAAGCAAGAAAGAGCUAGAAGAAGAGGAACGAGAGAAGAUGCAGGUAUUAGUAUCUAACUUUACAGAAGAUCAAUUAGACAGAUAUGAAAUGUAUAGAAGAUCUGCAUUUCCGAAAGCAGCCAUAAAAAGGAUUAUGCAAACUAUAACUGGCUGUUCAGUAUCUCAAAACGUUGUCAUAGCUAUGUCAGGAAUUGCCAAAGUAUUUGUUGGCGAAAUUGUGGAAGAAGCUUUAGAUGUUAUGGAUUCUCAGAAUGAAACUGGUCCAUUACAACCUAAGCAUCUGAGAGAAGCUGUCCGCAGAUUAAGGCAACAAGGUCAAAUACCGAACGGUCGAGCUCACAAAGCCUUUUUCAGACUAUAGUCUGAUAUUUUCAGGAUAUUAAUACAAUCCUAUGGAAUCCUAUCGAUUUUAGAGUUUGUAGAUAUGACAUGUACAUAAUACGUAAUCUGUAAGUAAUCACAGAACCGACUUUUUAUAUAUUAUAGCUACUAUCUUUUUUUAUUUAUCAUAUCCAAAACAUACAAAUAUCUGAGUAUUCGACUAUCAAUAAUUAGUUGAGAUUUUUAAUAUUCUAUAGAUAUAUACUUUGCUGGUAAGAUUUAUGCUUUCCGUCUUUAAAUAGAGUAAGCUAAACAUAGUUACAUUUUCGUAUUUUAAACAAAUUUUAUUCAUAUAUAUAUAUUAAAUUAAAUCAUAAAUUUUAGAUAAUUAUAAAUCAUCUAAGGAUAUAUAUAAAGGGAAUUGUUAGAUCAUAUUGCAUCUGCAUGAUCCUUCGUGAAGUUAAAUAAAGCAGAUAAAUAGUAAAUAGAUAAAUAGUAAAUUUUAUCACAAACAUACACAUAUGAUUAAUUAUAACUAUACACGUACAUGCAAAUUCGUAUUUUGGGAUUUUUAUAAAACGUGUAAUAAUGUAUAUGAUUCAACAUUUAAUAUAAUAUUUAAUUAUAUCUUAAUA